AUGAACAUCUCUGCUCCCGUCACAUUUUUCAUCAUAGAAGGACUGCAGGAGAAGAAAAUGCUCAUGUUUGGUGUUUUUCUAACUAUUUAUGUCGUGGUCUUGUGUGGCAACGGUAUGAUUAUAUAUCUGGUGAGGACAGACCCUAAGCUAAAAUCUCCGAUGUACUUCUUCCUUCAUAACCUGUCUUUCUCAGAUAUGCUGUAUGUCACAGUAAGCAUACCCAACUUACUCUCAGGUUUACUAAAAAAAGAACACGUUAUUUCCAAACCUGGAUGUAUGGUACAGAUGUACUUUUUCCUAUCCAUGGGUUCAACUUGCCGAGCUAUCUUGACCGUCAUGGCGUUUGACCGCUAUGUAGCUAUAUGUAACCCACUCCGUUACACUACUAUUAUGACUAAACAGGUGUGUAUACUCCUGGUCUUUGCCGCAUGGUGUUUUGGUUAUGGUAUGGUCUUGCCGGCACUCUGCCUGGCCCUUCAGCGACAAUUUUGUGGGCCCAACAGGGUGAAGCACGUCCUCUGUGACCACUCGUCCGUGGUGAGGCUAGCUUGUGACGACACGACUGUCAACAACUACCUAUCUCUGUCCCUCGCUAUGGUCGUGCUCCUUGGCACGUUCUCUCUCAUCCUGGCCUCGUACGUGUGCAUAGGUAAGGCAGUCCGUGGCAUGGGGAGGGCGGAGAGGAUGAAGGCGUUCGCCACCUGCGCCUCUCACCUGAUCGUGGUCUGUAUCUCGUACGUGUCGGCCACGUGUGUGUACGUGUCCUACCGCGUGGCCACGUUCUCCCCCGACGCACGUAUGAUUGUGGCGGUGGUGUAUUCGGUUCUCACACCGUCUCUCAACCCAAUCAUUUACAGCUUGAGGAACAAGGAGCUUUGGGAGGCUCUAACCAGAGCCCUCAGUAGAUGUGUUGCCUCACCCUCAGCUCACAGAAAAACAAUCCCUAUAUCCUAA